AGCAUUAUCACGGCAACACUGUAGGGAUGGUAAUAAUAAUUUGUUUAUGGUUUUGUGUUUCAAGAAUAAUUUUAAUUUAUCCAUGGCUUAUUGUUUCGUGUACCUGUUGAUGUUGAUGGUAGCCGGUACCGUUGGAUAUAAAUAAAAAUAUCAAAUCAGUGAUCUUUGAUACAAAAAUGUCUUUUAUAAACACAAAACUUUUUGGCAAACGCAAUUCAUAUGCAAGAACUCAAACUCAAUUUCCCAACUUUCAAAAACCACUAGCACUUGGAUGCUUCAGUCUUGAUCAGAAUCGUGUUAACAAAAACACGACAGACAGUUUGCGUUACUUUCGAAUGCCGUCAAUAUUUCCACUCAAUCUAAAUACCGAUAACGAACAAGCCAAGACAAAGCCUACAGGGUUUAGUAAAAAUGAACGAUUGUUUCCGAUGUUGCGUUUCAUACUUGAUCACCAGGAGGAUUUACUAACAAAUAAACUUGACUCUGUCAAUACAAGAGCUGUUGAAGAAAUUGAUUUUAUUUGCUUUCGAGGGUCACUUCGUGUAGUAUUGAAAACACCCUUUGAAGGUCGAGAGGGUUGGUGCAUUCAAGCCACUAAAUUCAAAGGAAAUAUCUAUCUCAAUGAGAAAGAACAAGAAACUUACGACGAGUAUAGUGAUCAGCAAAGAUAUGCCUAUGGGUGUGGACUGAAAUUUGAGCAACAUUGCUUAGUGGCGAGUCCUUAUGAGGAGCCGGUUACAAAUGUUCCCGUAGAAGAAGCCAUAGAAUUCCUCUGUGUGUUUAAGAGACAAUUCUCUAAUAUUAACUUACUUUAUGGGUCCGUUAUGGAUGGCAUUUUGAGUGAUGAGCCUGUUAUGAAUAUUGAGAACAAUGAUAUUUUGAAUUCUUUGAAAUUUAUGGAGCUAAGUUGCUCACUUCGCCCGAUCACUGAACAACAGCAUCGCAAUUUUUGCAGAUUCAAGUGCAGGAAUUGGUGGUGCAUGAGCUUUCUAGCUGGCAUUAAUGAUAACAUGAUUGGCUAUCGGAAUGAAAGUGGUUUCGUUGACGAAAUUGUACACAUGGACACAGAAUCAUUGGUUCAACAGGGAGCGAACUUUUGGGAUCCAUUACAAUGUGUUGACUUCCUUGUAAAAUUCUUAAAUAUGGUAAAACGAGAAAUGAAAGAUAUAGACUGUCCACAUACGGUCUAUGAAUUUUAUUUUAAACCUCCGUCGAGAGAGAUCACUUAUCGCAUUUAUGCUGGGAAAUCGUCAAAUACACUUUUAUCUGAUUGGUAUGUGACGGCGUUGCAAAACCGAUUUGUGGAAGUACCAUAAUUACAUAAGUUCAUUUGGUUGGAAGUUACCUUUUACUUGGUAUACCUAUUUUGUUUUGAAAAAUCGCAUUUCCUAUUUUUUGUUUGUUUACUGUAAAACAUUAUUUUUAUUUGAUUACUUUAUUAAAAAACUGUAAAUUUA